AUGCCAUUACCUCUAUUUGGAAAAUCACAUAAAUCUCCCCAAGAAAUUGUUAAAAGCUUAAAAGAAGCUCUAGAAACAAUUAACAAAGGAGAAAAAGAUAAAAAAAUGGAAAAGGCUAUAGAAGAAGUUUCAAGAUCAUUACAACAGGUAAAAAAUGUUAUUUAUGGUCAAGAUGGUCAGGAACCAAAUAAUGAACAGGUUGGACAAUUAGCUCAGGAAAUUUAUGGAGCAAGUGUUAUUCCACUUUUAAUAAAACAUUUAAAUCGUUUUGAUUUUGAAUCUAAAAAAGAUGUUGCUCUUAUAUUUAAUAAUCUUCUUCGUAGACAAAUUGGUACCAGAUCACCGACAGUUGAAUAUCUAAGCACAAGAUCAGAAAUAUUAAGAAUACUUGUUAAAGGAUAUGAAUCACCAGAUAUUGCUAUAUCAUGCGGUUCAAUGAUACGUGAAUGUAUAAGACAUGAACAUCUAGCUAAAAUAAUUUUAUAUAGUGAUAAUUUUUAUGAUUUUUUUCAAUAUGUAGAAGUUUCAUCAUUUGACAUAGCAUCAGAUGCUUUUACAACAUUUAAAGAACUAAUAACCAAACAUAAAACAUUAGCAGCUGAAUAUUUAGAUACAAAUUAUGAUAGAUUUUUUGAACAUUAUCAAAAAUUAUUAGAAUCAGAUAAUUAUGUAUCAAGAAGACAGAGUUUGAAAUUACUAGGGGAACUACUACUUGAUAGGCAUAAUUUUAAUGUAAUGACAAGGUAUAUUAGUAAUCCAGAAAAUUUAAAAUUAAUGAUGAUAAUGUUAAGAGAAAAAAGUCGUUCAAUUCAAUUCGAAGCUUUUCAUGUUUUUAAAGUUUUUGUUGCCAAUCCCAAUAGGCCUAGACCAAUAUUGGAUAUUUUAAUUAGAAAUAGAGAAAAAUUAGUUGAAUUUUUGACUAAUUUUCAUAAAGAUAGAACUGAAGAUGAACAAUUUAAUGAUGAGAAGGCUUAUUUAAUUAAACAAAUACAGGAAAUGAAAGCUUAA